AUGUGUGUUCCCCAUCCUGAACCCCUCACCCACCUCCCUCCCCAUCCCAUCCCUCAGGGUCAUCCCAGUGCACCAGCCCUGAGCACCCUGUCUCAUGCAUUGAACCUGUACUGGAGAUCUAUUUCACAUAUGAUGAUCAGUAAAUCUUUAAUUCAAUCUUCUAUUGAUGGAUGGGGCUGUGUUCCCUCCCUGUUGUUUGACCUGAGACCAAACUAUGGUGGAGGUAAUGAAGAAAAUGCAACCUCCUUCAAAAGGUCCCAUGCACACGGUGCUACACUCAGUGCCCCCGACCUUGCUGCAGGCCACCACUGA